UGGUUACGUUUGUCGACAUUGUCAACAUGUAUACCAGGUACUCAGAAAUGUGCACGUGUGAAUGCAUGAGAGCAAUGUUUGAACAGCUUGGAAGGCUUGCAUGCGUUAUGAAAUCAUCUUGUCAAUAUCAGAUUCAUAUUUGUGAUUGUGCAAACAUCAGCCCGAACUCAGGUCGACGAAAGCAGUCCGCCUUCGGUAAUCAUUAACCACAGUGACGCCACCCGCCAGGUAAGAGUGGGUUGUCUGGCAAUCGGUGUUGUUUGUGUUCCGUCUAACACUUUGACUUGCACGCCUUUCUUUGCCUUCGCAACACGAGGAUGUAGGCACGGUGAUGCUUUGUUAAAACCUUACCGUGCGAGCAUCUGUCGGCACUUAUGUUAACUUAUUAUCUAUAUAUAUGAAUCCCGACUACAUUUACAGGAGGCGAUGUUACGCACGUUUGGCCCAGGACUCAUGGGACUUUGUUGAAAGGCUUCUGGGCGCGCGCGCCGCGUUCACGCACCGUUGACGACACCCGCGACGCACCACCGAUGAUGAACGUGAAAAGGAACCCCAAGCAGCAUCAUCAUCAGCAUCAUCAUCAGCAUCAUCAGCAUCAGCAGCACCUGACGCUGUUGCUGCCGCUGCUCCUGCGCUUUUGCGUGGCGGCGCUGUGCCUUCGCCGCCAGGCACCGCACGGGCACGCCGCCACGGUCUGCGGGCGCGGCGUGCAACUACGGCACACCGAUUGCUCACAGCCGGGAAUUGUUUGUACAAUGCGAGAAGCGGCGGCCAAUCACCACAGCUGGUCCACGCCGGCACAGUGGACGCCCUCUGCCCCACGCUCUCUGAGCCUGAGCGUGGUCGUCGCUCCGGGUGCCGGUGGACGUGGCACUCCUUGGCUCCGUGCAAGCUGGGAGGUCAUUCCAGACGGAAGCAUAAAUCAUUUGGAUGGUGCAGAGCUAAUCAUCACCCAUGGCUCAAAAAGUCACCACAUCAUCUUCAACUUUAGCAAAGUCCCCUUCCCCAGGCGAAAUACACAACUGGGACAAAAUUGGGAAUUUAGCUUCGACCAAUACGAGGUGGAGCCCUCGGACUACGUCACGGUCACAGUGUACCACCUGCCACGGCCAUCCACGGGGGAGGACGACGCUCAUGUUCAAGGUAGCAUCAAGGUGCCAGAUUGCAAAAGUGAGGCGAUGAAAAAGACACACAAAUGCAUCGUCAGAGGAAUAGAUUGGGACCCAAAGAUGAACAUCACACUGGCUUCAAACAGUCUACGUGUGUUCUUCAACACAGCACCUUACUUUGAUCACUACACGCUCGCUGUUGUCUUCAGUCAUGAAGAUGACAGGGGCUGCUUCAAAGAAAUGGAGACGAAUGUAAUGAAGGGUGCGUACAAUGCCACGGAAAGUGCGGUUUUUAUUAUCUCAUCUUUAGAGCGACACUGCGACCACGUCACAGUAAAAAUCCGUCCAUUCAACACGUGCUGCAAAAGCCUGUGUAAGGGAAGGAGGAGCAGCUUUGUUAUAGAUGCCGUAGGGGGGCCUCGGCCACCGCUGGUCUACGCCUCGGUGGGAGGCGCGCUCGCACUGCUGUUCGUGGUCACGCUGAUGGUGGCAGCGUUGCGCACCGUGCGUCUGCAGGCGAGAGGCGAGUUACGCGGACGCAGAGGCGCACCCCAACGUCACCCCGCGCGGUCUCACACCUGCUCAUUACCCGCGGGAAAGCGAGCACGGCCGCAAUGGCUCGUUGGCAAUCGGGACACAAAGGUGCAGAAUUGAAAGCACGUUCCAUUGUGUUGCCUAGAUUCUGUAAAAGUAACCCACGUGGUAGAGCAUUGACAGCUUCCAGUGUUGGCUGCAAAUAAUCGUGACAGCUCAAAGGUUUAAUGACUGCAGCCUAUGAAUGGCCUGGAACCUAUGCACAGCCACUAAGCGAUAAGCGUUGAGUCAUUGUACAGAUGGGUGGCUGAGAGGUCAGAGGGGUGAGAAUCCAAGCGACCGUCUCUGAUUAAACCGGAUCCUCAUAUAUUUUUUAUCCCCAAGAAUCUUCAUUGAGUUCCAAGACUUUUCCAGGAGAAUUCUGCGUUCGGGGAUGUUUGGCGAGUGUCCUUAUAACGACCCAGAGAAAGUCUGCUCGAGCGAGGGGAUAGCACUCAGGAAAGUUUGCUAACCCAAUUUCUGUACUGCCAUCUCCACGCUUUGUCACAACCUAUUUGGGGUUUAAGAGCUUAACAAACUGUACGUGAUCCAUCAAUCCUUCCUUGUAAAGCCCUGGUUUACAGGCAUCGUGUGCCACUAUGCCAGGCUUAAUGGUGAUACCGAAGUUCGCGUCCAUAUAUGCAUUUGUGAAUGUUCGUAAAUGUGUCUUUGUAGAGUUCCACAAAUUCUGUUUACCCUUUUGAAAUGUAUACAAUCAUAAUCAGAAAAAAACGGCGAGCACUUGAUAAACAAUCCUUGAUCUGUUUUUAGAACAACGAAAAACCUGAGAAAUGUAAUCAAGAUGCCCUAUUCUAACGUAAUAACAGAACGUUAAUGCCAUAAUUGUGUUGUGUAGUGCAGAACGACUCGAAGACGGAACUCUUAUUAAGUUAUUGCGCCGGUUUAUCAACACACGGGAUAACGGUUUAGACCAGAGAUGGGUGUCCCUACACUCGGUCCUUCCCUCGGACCUCGGGCUCUGUCUGUCCCUAGCCUCGGCUAUCACCUUGGGCUCUGACGCUCGAGUCGGGACGGGGGUUCAGGCAACACCGCCCGAUCGAGAAGAGCAGCACCGCUUUGCAUUCAGGGGGUGCGGUGAAACACCGAAACGGUCCAAUGCUCAACGAAGGGCUCACGCCAUGCUACGUUGGUCACGGGCAGGGGCUGGCAACCGACAUAAGAAGAAGAGCCAUUUUCUUUUCGAAUUUGGUCCCAAAAAAAAAACCCGCAAUGCAUGCGAAUAGGAGACGGUGGUCUUUGAUGAAUGACGUCACGAAGCAUUCCUUCGUGACGUCAGUAGCCGCAGG